AGAUCUCAUGUUAAAGGUUGAUGGAAACAAGGGUAUCUUGUUUAGAGGUCCUUGCCUACCUGAGGUUUUCUGAAAGUGUCCCUGGGUCCAUGCCUAAUGCAUCGUGGGAAGGUGACCUGAAAGCAGUGAAGUGGAUUGAUAUGGAAGAUGUCCAUGGAGGUUGUCACGGCCAUUAUGUCAGAGGCAUUUGUGUAUAUGGAACAGGUGACCUUGAGUGGCUUUUAAACUCCACCUGUAUGUUUGCAAAUAAGUUUGAGCUCAGAACAUACCCGCUGACUGUGGAGUGCCUGGAGCUGAGACAUCGAAAGAGAACCUUGGCACAGAGUGAAGUUCAGGUGGAACCAAACUGGUAUUUCUAGCUAGUGAAAACCCAGGAUGCAUCAACAAAAGUGGUCAGAAUUGCACCAGAAAUCUAAUUUCUGUUUUGCUGGAAGAACACAUUCAUCCAACAGGUUUCUUUAGGAUGUGCACUAGUUGCAGCUCAGGUCAGCUUGUCUUACUUUGUCUGCAAAUCUAUCUUUUCGCUUCACAUUUGGAGACCAAAAUGUGGAAGAUUCCAAAAAGAAGCAAGUGGGCACAGCUCUUUUUACAGCUGCCCUGUUUGUACUUUUGCAGUUUUAAUGGCCUGUUACGCAGCCCUAACUUUUUUCUUGCUACACUGACAUUGCUGCCUGUUUCUAUAAAAAUGUAUAUAGAAUCAGGCAUCCUUGGGGCUUCUCAUUACCUUGAAGACAAGUAGUGUGCAUUGGUAAGCAGAAAGAUAACAAGUCACAGUGAAUAAGACCUUAAAAAGAGGAACACAAUUGGUGGCCAUGCAUGCAGCUGCCGUUUGGUCAAAAAUACAGAAACUUAUCUCACCAGGGAAGUACUGGGAAUGGGAGAAAGGUGCUGAACUGCUGUUCUAAAGUCUGUUCUUUAAACAUCUGUUGGUUCAAGGUUUGUAGGAGUAUAGCACCUUUUGCUAUGCAAAUGGUUGUAGAUAGAAAGAUCUGAUAGGCUUUCAGGCACAAGAGCUCUUUAUGAAAAGUGAAGUCUUACUUAUUUGUUUCACUUGGCCAACUAAUAGAGUUGGAAACCGACUGACAUGCAGAUUUUGGCCUGCCAGUGUCCUCAGAUCAUCAUAUGUAAGGACACAAAGGGAGGGGGAGGGCAGUGAAAAGGGAUGCCAGGACUGAAAGAUCAGUAGUUGAGCUUUGGCAGUAAGUCUGUAACUUUGUGUCAUGUUUUGACAGGGACUGAGCCUCCUUCCCAAGCUUUUGAGUGGUUAAUAGGUGUAGGUAACGUUGAGCUUCACAGCCCUAUUUUUGUUUCCCGAUUGCAGCCACCAGAGGGAGGCAGUCAAAUAGCUGAGCUGAUACUCAUUGCUAAGCCUACCUAGCCCUUCAGCAUGCAGUCUCCGAAGCAGAAUUGAAUGGUUCUUCCUGCAGUGAUGACAGGCUGUAUUCCUGGGGUUAUUUUAGCACGUUGGAUGACCCAGCUAGCAGCAUGGUGGAGCACCUUGGCUCAAGCAGUGGGUCCUGAACAGUAUCUACUCCCAGCUUCGUUAAACCACCGCUAACUUCUGUGUCCUUUUCUUUUCCUGACUCGCCACCAUUUACAGCGUCGCUUCCUUUUUUUUUUUUUUUAAACGAAUGUUACGCAAAUAUGCAAAUAAAUAAUAAUAUAUGCAAAUAAACC